AACCAAACAAAGUAGUCUAUAGUGUCCAAAACCCUAACCCCUACUAGUAAAAACUAAAAACUAAAAACCUUUGGUUUUGGCUUUUGCUCUGCCGUUCAGCUACAAAGUCAAAGAUGGGUCGGAAACUCGAGGACUCCACCACCACCGGCGUUCUUCCUGGCGAUUCAGAACCCCCACAAAACCCAGAAAAUAAGAUAAAGAAGAAGAAGAAGAAUAAGAAUAAGCAAAGGAACAAGGACAAAGCCGAAGAACCUGAAGCUAGUAAUCCCAAGCGAAAGCACGAAGAAAUCGAGCCCAAGGAGAAGAAGAGCAAGAAUAAGAAACCGAAAGAGGAUGAGAAGGAAAGCAAAACCCACCAAGGAAAAGAAGAGGAUGAAGCUGUGGAAGAUGGUCUGGUCGUGGUGAGUGGGCAUAAUGUGAAAUUGGGUAAGUAUGCUCCUUUGAAGUCCUUCGCCGAGUCGGGUCUGCCCCAAGAGGUUUUGGAGUGCUGCAAGAACUUCCAGAGCCCCUCUUCCAUUCAGUCCCGUGCCUGGCCUUUCUUAUUGGACGCUCGUGACUUUAUCGGCAUUGCCGCCACCGGCUCAGGUAAGACACUGGCAUUUGGGGUGCCGGCAAUUAUGCAUGUGUUGAACAAACGAAAAGGAAAGAUGUCGAAGGGGCGUAAUCCGCUUUGCCUCGUGCUUUCACCGACUAGGGAGCUAGCUCAACAAAUUUCAGAUGUUCUGUGUGAUGCUGGGAAAUCUUGUGGUGUGGAAUCAGUUUGUCUAUACGGAGGAACCUCAAAAGGACCUCAGAUAGCUUCUUUGAAGUCUGGUGUUGACAUUGUCAUUGGAACACCUGGUCGUUUAAAGGAUCUGAUUGAAAUGGGAGUGUGCUGCCUUAAGGAGGUGUCAUUUGUGGUUCUUGAUGAAGCCGAUCGAAUGCUGGAUAUGGGAUUUGAGCAAGAAGUUCGCUCUAUUCUGGGUCAGACCUGUUCUGCUCGCCAAAUGGUAAUGUUCAGUGCCACGUGGCCUCUCUUAGUUCAUCAAUUAGCUCAGGAGUUCAUGGAUCCUAAUCCAGUUAAGGUUGUUGUAGGUUCAGAGGAUUUAGCUGCCAACCAUGAUGUAAUGCAGAUAGUGGAGGUUUUGGAUGAUCGUUCACGUGAUCAGCGUUUAGUCACUCUGCUGGAAAAAUACCACCAAUCCCAAAGGAAUAGAGUAUUGGUUUUUGUCUUGUACAAAUAUGAAACAAAACGUGUCGAAAAUAUGCUGUUAGAAAGGGGUUGGAAUGUUGUUUCAAUACAUGGUGACAAAGCACAACAUGAACGUACAAAGGCAUUGUCAUUAUUCAAGAAAGGAAGCUGCCCUUUGAUGAUAGCUACUGACGUAGCUGCUCGAGGAUUGGAUAUUCCGGAUGUUGAAGUGGUGAUCAACUAUAGUUUUCCUCUGACCACAGAGGACUAUGUCCACAGAAUUGGGCGGACUGGACGGGCUGGUAAAAAGGGUGUUGCUCAUACAUUCUUCAUGCAGCAGAACAAGGGGCUUGCUGGCGAGCUGGUAAAUGUCCUCAGAGAAGCCGGGCAAAUUGUGCCCGAGGCCCUUUUAAAAUUUGGCACUCAUGUAAAGAAGAAGGAGUCCAAGCUUUAUGGGGCUCACUUCAAGGAAAUUUCUCUAGAUGCUCCAAAGGCUAAAAAGAUUACAUUUGAUGACUCUGAUGAUGAUGACUGAAUCAUGGGGUAAUCCAAACUCAUUCUUCUGUAGGCACAGACGAAAAUAUAUAGAGCUGAUUAUUGAAAUUAGCGACCUCCAUUACCCUCCUAACUGAGCCUUCCACAACGACUGUGGCAAGUUUAACCUUGAAUAUGCCAUUUAUUUUCUGAUCUAAAAGUUGAGUAAUAUAUAUUGUUUUCCGAACUCCUUGGUGGAGUAACAUUUUUGUUGCUAAAUGCUGAACAAUCAGCCUUGUUAAAUUGUAUUUAAUUAUUUUCCAAUUCCUUUACCAAUUAUUGCAUGGA